GUGUCCCUGCUCCGCUCCUCUCAGUGAGUGAAAGUGGCCGCCGCCGCCGCCGGCCCAGCGCCCGCAGCCGCCUCAGCGCCGCCGCCAUCUUGGGGUCCCAGGAGCCGCCGAGGGAGCGAGCUAGGAGCGUCCACGCCCAACGCAGUCACGGUCCCACGGCCUCAGAGAGCGAACCGCGGCUCCACAGUCGGCGGGGCGACCCCCCCCUCCGGACCCCGCCCGCACCCCGCCCCCCCUCCGCCGCCGUCGCGGCGGCGGGGCCCGGCGGCCCGAGCCGUGCAGUCGGAGGCCCUUGUGCAUGAAGACAGAUUUGUUCUAUGGCCUCGGAGUUGGGUGCCGGGGACGAUGGCGGCUGCACUGAGCUGGCAAAGCCCCUCUAUCUUCAGUACCUGGAGAGGGCCCUCCGGUUGGACCAUUUCUUGCGACAAACAUCAGCCAUCUUCAACAGGAAUAUUUCUAGUGAUGACAGUGAAGAUGGACUGGAUGAUAGCAAUCCCUUAUUGCCCCAGUCUGGGGAUCCCUUAAUAGAAGUUAAGGAAGAACCUCCAAAUUCAUUGCUUGGUGAAACUUCUGGAGCAGGCAAUUCUGGAAUGUUAAACACGUAUUCACUGAAUGGAGUUCUACAGUCAGAAUCAAAAUCUGACAAGGGGAAUUUAUAUAACUUCUCUAAGUUGAAGAAAAGCAGAAAAUGGCUAAAGAGCAUUCUGCUAAGUGAUGAGUCUAGUGAGGCAGAUUCUCAGAGUGAAGACGAUGAUGAUGAAGAAGAACUCAAUCUCAGCAGAGAAGAACUUCACAACAUGCUUCGACUGCAUAAAUACAAGAAACUUCACCAAAAUAAGUAUAGUAAAGACAAGGAGUUGCAGCAAUAUCAGUACUACAGUGCAGGCCUGCUCUCCACACAUGACCCUUUCUAUGAGCAACAGCGGCACCUACUUGGACCUAAAAAAAAGAAAUUCAAGGAGGAAAAGAAACUUAAAGCCAAGUUGAAAAAAGUGAAGAAAAAAAGAAGAAGAGAUGAAGAACUUUCCUCUGAAGAAUCCCCUCGUCGUCAUCACCACCAGACCAAAGUCUUUGCCAAGUUUUCUCAUGAUGCACCUCCCCCUGGCACCAAGAAAAAGCACUUAUCCAUUGAGCAGCUUAAUGCUCGUCGCAGGAAAGUAUGGCUCAGCAUUGUGAAAAAGGAACUCCCAAAGGCCAACAAGCAGAAAGCUUCAGCUCGUAACCUGUUUCUCACCAAUAGCCGGAAGCUUGCCCACCAGUGCAUGAAGGAGGUGCGUCGAGCUGCCUUGCAGGCCCAGAAAAACUGUAAGGAGACCUUGCCUCGUGCCCGCCGUCUCACCAAGGAGAUGCUUCUAUACUGGAAGAAAUAUGAGAAGGUAGAGAAGGAGCACCGCAAACGUGCAGAAAAGGAAGCUUUGGAACAGCGGAAGUUGGAUGAGGAAAUGCGGGAGGCGAAGAGGCAACAGCGAAAACUCAACUUCUUAAUCACCCAGACAGAAUUGUAUGCCCAUUUCAUGAGUCGCAAACGAGACAUCGGUCAUGAUGGUAUCCAGGAAGAAAUCCUAAGGAAACUGGAAGACAAUUCUACCCAGAGACAAAUUGACAUUGGUGGAGGAGUGGUAGUUAACAUCACACAGGAGGAUUAUGAUAGUAACCAUUUCAAAGCCCAAGCCCUGAAGAAUGCUGAAAAUGCUUACCAUAUUCACCAAGCUCGGACAAGGUCAUUUGAUGAAGAUGCAAAAGAAAGUCGAGCAGCUGCCCUACGGGCCGCAAACAAGUCUGGCACUGGGUUUGGGGAAAGUUAUAGCCUAGCAAAUCCAUCUAUCCGGGCUGGUGAGGAUAUUCCACAGCCCACAAUUUUUAAUGGCAAAUUGAAAGGUUAUCAGCUGAAAGGCAUGAAUUGGUUGGCCAAUCUCUAUGAACAGGGUAUUAAUGGCAUUCUUGCAGAUGAAAUGGGCCUUGGUAAAACAGUACAGAGCAUAGCCCUUCUGGCCCAUCUGGCUGAGAGAGAGAACAUUUGGGGACCUUUCUUAAUAAUUUCACCUGCUUCUACACUUAACAAUUGGCACCAGGAGUUUACAAGAUUUGUUCCUAAAUUUAAGGUGCUACCAUAUUGGGGAAAUCCUCAUGAUAGAAAAGUCAUCAGGAGGUUUUGGAGUCAGAAGACGCUCUACACUCAGGAUGCCCCCUUCCAUGUGGUUAUCACUAGCUACCAGCUGGUGGUGCAGGAUGUAAAGUAUUUCCAGCGGGUCAAGUGGCAAUACAUGGUACUGGAUGAGGCUCAGGCGCUGAAGAGUAGUUCCAGUGUUCGUUGGAAGAUCCUUUUACAGUUCCAGUGUCGGAAUCGGCUUCUGCUAACUGGGACCCCCAUUCAGAACACCAUGGCAGAGCUUUGGGCUCUGCUGCAUUUCAUUAUGCCAACAUUAUUUGAUUCACACGAGGAAUUUAAUGAAUGGUUUUCCAAGGACAUUGAGAGCCAUGCCGAAAACAAAUCUGCCAUUGAUGAGAGUGAGUACCAUUAUGAGCUUGCUUUCUUUCUACCUAUUGGUAUUGAGAUUCUAAUGUAUUGCCAACUGACCAGCCGACAGAAACUGUUAUAUCAAGCACUAAAGAACAAAAUUUCUAUUGAGGAUUUAUUGCAGUCUUCUAUGGGCUCUACCCAACAAGCACAGAACACCACCAGCAGCCUCAUGAAUCUGGUCAUGCAGUUUAGGAAGGUGUGUAAUCACCCAGAGUUAUUCGAACGGCAAGAAACUUGGUCUCCAUUUCAUAUUUCCCUAAAGCCAUACCAGAUUUCAAAGUUUAUCUACCGUCAUGGACAGAUCAGGGUCUUCAAUCAUUCACGAGACAGGUGGUUAAGAGUUCUUCUUUCUCCAUUUGCACCAGACCACAUCCAACAGUCUCUCUUUCACAGAAAAGGGAUUAAUGAAGAAAGCUGUUUCUCUUUCCUUCGAUUUAUUGACGUAUCUCCAGCAGAAAUGGCAAACCUCAUGCUUCAGGGACUUUUGGCCAGAUGGUUAGCUCUUUUCCUGUCUCUGAAAGCCUCCUACAGGCUCCAUCAGCUGCGCUCGUGGGGAGAGCCAAAAGGGGAGAGCCAGCAGAGAUAUCUGAGAAACAAGGAUUUCCUUCUUGGGGUUAAUUUUCCACUCUCCUAUCCCAACCUUUGCAGCUGCCCUUUGUUAAAGUCUCUUGUGUUUAGCGGCCACUGUAAAGCAGUAAGUGGCUACUCAGACCAGGUGGUCCAUCAACGGAGAUCAGCUACCUCCUCGCUUCGUUGCUGUCUGCUCACUGAGCUGCCAUCUUUUUUGUGUGUGGCCAGUCCACGAGUUACCGCAGUGCCAUUGGACUCUUACUGCAAUGACCGAAGUGCAGAAUAUGAGCGACGAAUUCUGAAGGAAGGAGGGAGUCUGGCAGCCAAGCAGUGUUUGUUGAAUGGGGCCCCUGAACUGGCUGCAGACUGGCUAAAUCGGCGAUCCCAGUUCUUCCCAGGGCCAGUCGGAGGGCUGUGGAGCAUCAGGCCUCAGAAUGGCUGGUCUUUCAUCAGGAUUCCAGGCAAGGAGAGCCUCAUCACUGACAGUGGAAAGCUGUAUGCCCUUGAUGUCCUGCUGACUCGGCUCAAGUCUCAAGGGCAUAGGGUUCUUAUCUACUCCCAGAUGACCAGGAUGAUAGACCUGCUGGAGGAAUAUAUGGUUUAUAGGAAGCACACCUACAUGAGGCUUGACGGCUCAUCCAAGAUCUCAGAGAGGCGGGACAUGGUUGCUGAUUUUCAGAACAGGAAUGACAUCUUUGUGUUCCUAUUAAGCACACGAGCUGGAGGACUGGGUAUCAAUCUCACUGCUGCAGAUACAGUGAUUUUCUAUGAUAGCGACUGGAAUCCCACUGUGGACCAGCAGGCCAUGGACAGGGCCCACCGUUUGGGGCAGACAAAGCAGGUUACCGUGUACCGGCUCAUCUGUAAAGGCACCAUUGAAGAACGUAUUCUGCAGAGAGCCAAGGAGAAGAGUGAGAUUCAGCGGAUGGUGAUUUCAGGUGGGAACUUCAAACCAGAUACCUUGAAACCCAAAGAGGUGGUUAGUCUUCUUUUAGACGAUGAAGAGUUGGAGAAGAAACUGAGACUGCGACAGGAAGAGAAACGGCAGCAGGAGGAAAGCAACCGAGUGAAAGAGCGCAAGCGUAAGAGGGAAAAGUAUGCAGAGAAGAAGAAAAAGGAAGAUGAAUUGGAUGGGAAAAGGAGAAAAGAAGGUGUCAACCUGGUGAUCCCAUUUGUUCCCUCAGCUGAUAACUCCAACCUCUCUGCUGACGGGGAUGACUCCUUCAUUAGCGUGGACUCGGCUAUGCCUAGCCCUUUCAGUGAGAUCUCCAUUAGCAGUGAGCUGCACACUGGCUCCAUUCCCCCUGACGAGAGCAGCAGUGACAUGCUGGUCAUUGUGGAUGACCCAGCCUCCUCAGCCCCUCAGUCUCGAGCCACCAACUCUCCUGCAUCCAUAACAGGCUCUGUCUCAGACACCGUCAACGGAAUUUCCAUUCAGGAAAUGCCAGCUGCAGGACGUGGUCACUCAGCCCGAAGCCGAGGCCGCCCCAAAGGUUCAGGAAGCACAGCCAAAGGAGCAGGGAAGGGCCGAAGCCGGAAGUCCACGGCGGGCAGUGCCGCCGCAAUGGCAGGAGCCAAAGCAGGGGCUGCGGCGGCCUCUGCAGCUGCCUAUGCUGCGUACGGGUACAACGUGUCUAAAGGAAUCUCCGCCAGCAGUCCUCUGCAGACAUCCCUUGUUCGGCCUGCUGGCCUUGCUGACUUUGGACCUUCAAGCGCCUCUUCUCCUUUGAAUUCCCCUUUGAGCAAAGGAAAUAAUGUUCCUGGGACCCCCAAGAACCUCCACAUGACCAGCAGCCUAGCCUCAGACUCCCUGGUCCGGAAACAGGGCAAAGGCACCAAUCCGUCUGGAGGACGGUAACCAUCUGGACCCUCCAACUUCCUUCAACCAAACCAAGGUCUAGAGUCUUGGCCUGCAAAUCGCCUUUGGAUGGCUUGCCCAGUGCAGCAUCUUAACAUCCUGAGUCAGAGGGCAGAGAUGUCCAGUGUGGCAAGGGAAGAAUGGGCAGGUGGUUUGUGUGAGCACUUUCAUCACCUGUGUCUCAAAAGGAAUAUCUGAGGUACCCAUAGGAGGAAAGGCCCAGGACAGGGAUCAGCCCCACAGCAUCUCUGAUGAACUGUAUAGCCAAGUCUUAAACCUCUUACCAGGGAAGGGCCUGACAUGAUAGCCCCCUUUAGAUGCUCAGGCACACUGUCUCCAUCCUCAUUCCACUCUUUGGCUCUGACCACGUCCCUUGCAAAGGCUCUGCAGGUGCUGUGAAGAGCCUUCCAUGGUGGAGACUUCUCUUGAGAUUGUGAUGAUUUCCUGUAAGGUUAGGAAGGGAGGAGAUCGUGUACCUUGGUGUCCACACCCUUUGGGCAGCUCCCCAGGUCUCUAAACACUAUUUGCCAGAGUGUCAUCAUUGAAGAGAACAGUGACUGCAAGAGAAGGUAGUGGCUGAUAAGGAUGACAGAGGCUAGAGGAAGCGCACCCACGGGCGGUUGUGUUCCCAGCAUUGCCUCCCCUGCCCUGCAUGGUUCACACCAGAGAACCUUCAGGUCCUACCAGCAACAGUAGCAGCAGCUCCCACCUAAGGGACUCCCAGAAGCCAGUAAAGAGACCAGGAGCCACCUCAAUCAGCAGGACAUCCUCACUGCCCCUCUUGUAGACUCCCCUUUGUCCAUCCUGAAUGCACAGUUUCCCGGCCCCUGCCCUUCAGCCCCCUGCUUGGCUGUAUGCACUGUCUGUAUUGCACUGAGAAAGGAAGGGACAGCAGGAGUGAGGUAGAGAGGGUGGAGAGAGAGGGCAAGCUGGGCACCAGCCCUCCCAGCCCCAGCCCCACGGGCCUGAGCUUGCACCCUCCAGCACAGGCAAAGGGGCAGUGUUUGCAUGGGAGGUGUUUCUCCCGGCCUGCCUGAUGUCCCUGGUGGAGCAGGUGCUUCCGGGCGGGCCAGCCUCUAAUUUGCACACCUGAAAAUCGCGGAAUUGAAUUUAGAUAGAUUGAUUUUUAAAACUUUUUUUGGAGGCGGGGUUGUAGGGGAAUCAUUUAAUUUAAAUCAUUAAGAUUCCCCUGCCCAAACCCAGACUCCUGUGUACAGAUGCUAUUUAGAGGGAAUCAGAAAAAUGCCAAGCCUUUUUUCUCUUUGAAUGUGCUGUCUAUUUUUAUAACUGAACUUGUACAUAUGUAUAAAGAGAGACACAUCUUUCUUUUACUAACUGGAUAAAAAAAAUCUUAAAUAAAAUGGAGUGAGAUAAUUUUAUGUAAA